CUCUGAACUACAUUUCCCAGGAGGCCUCGCGACCGCACGCACCAUUUCGGGCUGCGAAGAUGGCGGCGCCCUGACUUGUCGGCAGUCGAGUUGGAGGCUGGCUCAGAUUACGGUGAGGAAGAAUUAGAUGGUGAAAGCUUGCGGGACCCAUCCCUGUCAUCACGAGAGGUCCAGCUUCCCCAGUCCCAGAGGUCCAUCCCGUCGCCUCAUUUGAGGCUUCCGUCUUCAGAGGAACAUCCUGGCUUCCCCUAUUACUGCUCCAUCCAGCCAGUCAGGAGCCAUGGAGGUGGCAGAGUCCAGCAGCCCUACUGAGGAAGAAGAGGAAGAAGAGGAGCAGUCAGUUGAACCCAGGCCCCGUACACGGUCCAACCCUGAGGGUGCUGAGGAUCGGGCACCUGGGGCCCAGGCCAGUGUGGGCAGCCGCAGUGAGGGUGAGGGCGAGGCAGCUAGUGCUGAUGAUGGGACUCCUAAUGUCCCAGGAACUGGCCCUAAGCCCUGGAAGGUGCCCCCACCAGCUCCUGAGGUCCAGGUGCGGACACCAAGAGUCAACUGUCCAGAGAAAGUGAUCAUCUGCCUGGACCUGUCAGAGGAAAUGUCACUGCCAAAGCUGGAGUCCUUCAAUGGCUCCAAAACCAAUGCCCUCAAUGUGUCCCAGAAGAUGAUUGAGAUGUUUGUAAGGACAAAACACAAGAUCGACAAGAGUCAUGAGUUUGCACUGGUGGUGGUGAAUGACGACACAGCCUGGCUGUCUGGCCUGACCUGUGACCCCCGUGAACUCUGCAGCUGCCUCUAUGACUUGGAGACGGCCUCCUGUUCCACAUUCAAUCUGGAAGGUCUCUUCAGCCUCAUCCAGCAGAAGACCGAGCUUCCGGUCACAGAGAAUGUGCAGACAAUUCCACCCCCGUACGUGGUCCGGAUCAUCCUUGUCUAUAGCCGUCCACCCUGUCAGCCCCAGUUCACUCUGACGGAGCCCAUGAAGAAAAUGUUCCAGUGCCCAUAUUUCUUUUUCGACGUCGUUUACAUCCACAAUGGUGCGGACGAGAAGGAAGAGGAGAUGACUUGGAAGGACAUGUUUGCCUUCAUGGGCAGUCUGGAUACCAAGGGUACCAGCUACAAGUAUGAGGUGGCACUGGCUGGGCCAGCCCUGGAACUGCACAACUGCAUGGCCAAGCUGCUGGCUCAUCCACUGCAAAGGCCCUGCCAGAGUCAUGCCUCCUACAGCCUACUGGAGGAGGAAGAUGAAGCCACUGAGGUUGAGGCCACCGUCUGAACCAUCCCUGUGCCUCUCAACCUUCUUGCACAGUGAAAGCCUUGGCCUAGAGUGCUGGCUCUCUGGGAACCCCCAGGAGGGGAUUCCAGGAAAUACCCAGGGUCCCUGGGGCCCUGAAAGAUGCCCAGGAUUCUAGGAAGCAUGCCAGGGACUCUAGGCACCCAAUGCCUCAUGUUUCCCAGCCUAAGUCCCACUCCCAGUUUGUCAGUUGUAAGUUUUUGUUACGAUUUUUGUCAUCAGAAUAAAAAUCUCCAACUCAGGUCUGCACACUCAUCUUGUAUUAAUUGGGACCUAUUAGAAUGCAAAUGACACAAGACCUACCCACUGAGUGGAACGGGUAAUGGCUUCAUUCUUGUGGAUGAGAAAUCAAGGGGCAGCUUCAGGUUUGGCUACAUCCUGGUGCUGAGACAACCAUGCCAUUGGGGAGGACAGAAAUACUCUGUGAUUGGGGUUCAGCGUUCCCUCCUUUCCUUUGAAUCACCAGGAAAGGAGUGAGAUGACUGUGGCAACUCUCCAAAACCCAACCCAUGUGACUGCUGAUAGCUUCAUAGGUUGCAUCUUAACCCCAUGUAUUCGCAGCACCCCAUAUGACUGUCUUGCCUGGGCCUUAUUCUUUGGGCAGAGCUCUGUUCUGAUUGGCCAUGUCCUAUAACAAGGUUGUCAUUGUGUGGGGAGGGGGAAGCACAGCUCCAUCAAGAAAAAAAACAAAACAAAACUGUGGGAGCCCCCAGAGGAAGGGAAGAAGAGAAUAGAAGGCCACCAUUCCACUAUCUUCCAGGAUAAUGAACUUUGUGGAGAAAGAGUGCCAGCUAGAUCCCCAUCCCUAUGAGCUGAAAAUAACUUUAUUGAGCAACAGCACUGACUGGGCAUCUGUGGUGAAAAACAUUCAAUACUCACCAGUUGCGAAGAUUUUCCCAUUUUGCAGAUGAAACUCGGGCUCUCAAAGACCCAGCGCUCCAAAGUAAAGGACUCCCGGCUUCGCGGGACUGAAAACGGGUUACUAACAGCUUCUGGAGACCCGAGCUGUUCAUCACAGCCUUAGAUAGCACAAGGGCUGGAGCCUCCUAAUGGAAGCUGUUUAACGUUCUGUGGGUGCCCCCGGAUCCCGGGAUCGUGGUUCCACUCCCCCCAGUCCUGUGCGUCCGCGUGUCCCGGUCUUGAGAUAAGAGC